AUGACCAGGAACCUGGACUCCAUCCCCUACGAUGUCUUCUAUCAAGUGGCCUCCAAGCUUGAUUGUCAUGACUUCAUCCAUCUCAGCAGAGUCAAUCGCGCACUCCAUGAGUUGACAAAUAGCGACUCUAUUGCUCGGAACACAGUUAGAAGCGAUCUACUUCAUACAAGAGAAGGGAAAGAGGCCGACCGGGCCAAAGCUGGUUACCGCAAAGCCAUCGGGCGUCUGUACGACGUCAAGGAAUCCUUUGCCACUGCUCAACCCUACUCGGCAUCGAUUCUGGCAUACGGGAGCUCGUUCCUCUACGCGGGCGGCUCGCUUUGUUAUAUCUAUAAUGACGAGAUUCGCGCUCUGGACGUGCGUGGUGCCAGCCGCGUGGAACAAGUCCUGAAUCUCCCCAAUGUCCUACGCCGUGCAGUCCCUGAGUGCAAUCCGGAGACUGGGAUGGCCCAUAUCUCCCUCUUGAACUAUAGCAACUGGGUCGUUGCAUUCUUGGUGGCGACCCCCGAGAUUCCGGGAGGCUGGAUCCUCGCGGUCGACCUCCAGCGCCGGUCGACGUAUGGAAAGAGCGGUCGUCUCAGGCUGAAAGUCGUAUCUCUACUAUGGGACUCAUUCGGCAAUGGGGACUCGCGGGAUCAUCUAUACGCCAUUUCCACGUUGGUGGAUUUUGAAGAGGAGGAAGUGGAUUGGACCUCAUACUACGUCUGGAUCUGCCUGGACCCUAGCCUCAAGUUAUCCAAGGAAGGUAUCAAGACUCAUCGAACUUGGCGUCGGCAGCAUCGUGAAGGUCCAAUCAAUGAUACCUGGUCGGAUCUCUCGCUCAGGGAAGACGAAGCAACGGGGCAACUUAUGAUCCUUGAAUGCCGCCGGGAAUGGCGAGACGGUGGCAGCGAGAAUUGUAGGACAUACUACGUCCAGCCUCUACCUGCCCCGGCCGACGUGGACAAACAACAGCCGCCAGCAGAUUAUUACUUGAAAACGCCUCUACCUGACGAGCCCCUCACCAAAACUCUGGACCCGUCAUCCAAGCCUAACUAUGAGCCUCCACGGAAACGACUCCGCAGACACUAUCACUCAGAGUACGACGGAGGUGUUGAACCGAAACCGAGGCGCGAUUUCAUACUAGCCAAAACGAAAUUCCGUUCAUACAAUAUCUCCGCAUCCAGCUAUAUUGACCUCGUAAAUGACCCGCUCCCCAGAAGCGUUGGCGGCGGCGGCCUUGUACCUCGGGAUCGAAUAAGGGUACGCGUGGUAUCUCGGAAGCGAAAGUGUCCCAUCGACGAGGAAGGUCUUGAGGAGAAACCGGGGCUCCUGUUCAAGCGUGAACUCAGCGAACCAGACGGACGCUUAGUAGAGAACAGCGAAGAGCGCUUUGAAACUCGAGGCAUCCAUCUCUGGCCCCCGGAUGACGCUCCACAAGAGCUGAACCACUUACUCUGUCCUUCGAAACGGACCGGCCAGGUUCACGCCUAUGCUGACGAUCGUUCAAUUGUAUAUUCUGUCAACCAGGAUGAUCGCAAUUCCACUGACCAAGCGAUUGUCCUCAUCAACUUUGACCCUACCCUGCGGCUCCCGGGCCUCAAGCGGUUGAAUCUUGGCAGGCAAUCUGACACCCCUGAAAAGGCGGAGGCAGUUGGUAUGGAAAGGCCUCAGGCCAGCGAUAUCGGACAGCAAGACCGGGCAUCCAUGCACACACCUAUUGCGGGAAAGCGAGCGAGCCAAACCUUGCCAGCUGUCCGAGAAGAGCGAGCGAUGUACCUUGAAAUUGCCCGUGGUUUCUGGCUCCGUUAG